AUGCCAGGGUAUCCCCUCCUGCCCGGGGGCCAGUCCCAGAUGUCCCAGCCAAGUGACCCAAGACUGAAGGGGGACAUGGGGCUUGCAACACCCUUUAAGCCCCUGGUCAUAGCACCGGUGGCUAAUGGAAGGCCCGGAUACCGAUCUCUGGUUCCUGGGCGUUGGAACUUGGCGCCGCUGCGCUGGCUCGAUGGGUUCGGGUUCAAGGGACCUCACAAAGUGCCUUGUACCACAGAUCCAGUUGGUGCGGUCUCGCGCCGCCCGCCAACACAGCAUAACGUACAAUCUUGUCUGAAACACCAUCUACCGCCAGUCACCUUUACACGUUCAGCUCUCAAGCUCCCCAUCCCCAAAGACACCAACGACUCCCAAGCAACCAAGACUCUGAAAGAGUCUCCGAGCUGGCGUUUGCUCUUCUGCCCUUUGCCUCUUGCUACUGAGUACGGCUACUUGGUACUUGCGACUCUUCGCGCUUUGCCUCUCUGGUCAUCAUCUCAUCCCACGCUCCUUGGUUCUUCCUCCUUCUCUUCCCAGAUACACCAACUGGCCACCACACCGCGUGCGGUGUGCUGGCUCGACGAGAAGGCAGCUCCUGAUCACAACAUCAGAUGA